CUGGAGUGGCGGCUGUAAUAACCAAUAGGCAUGGACAUUGCUGGGCCGGAAGCCAAUGAGGAAUCUGGCGAUGGAGAAGCGGCGAUCAUUUAUUUGAGGAUGUAGGACGGGUCUGAAGGAAAAUGGGGCUGUGUCAGAGGUGGCGGCGGCUUCGGAUCCCAGGGUUACAAGCCUGCGGGCUGCACAUGGCAGCUGUGCCGACCCCUCCACACUGGUUGGUAGAGCGGCUUGGCCUUUUUGAGCAGCUAUGGACUGCUCAGGUAAAGAGGUUAGCAAGCCUGGCACAGAAGGAACACCGGACUAUCAAGAUAUCACUUCCUGGAGGCCAGAAAGUGGAUGCUGUGGCAUGGAACACAACCCCUUACCAACUAGCGCAGCAGAUCAGUUCUAAACUGGCAGAUACUGCAGUGGCUGCUCAAGUGAAUGGAGAACCUUAUGAUCUGGAGCGGCCCUUAGAGACAGAUUCUGACCUCAGAUUUCUGACAUUCGAUUCUGCAGAGGGGAAAGCAGUAUUCUGGCACUCUAGUACCCAUGUCCUGGGGGCAGCAGCUGAACAACUUCUAGGUGCUGUUCUCUGUCAAGGUCCAAGCACAGGAUGUGGCUUUUACCAUGAUUUCUUCCUUGGAAAGGAACGGACAAUCAAGGGCUCAGAGCUGCCUGUUUUGGAACGGAUUUGUCAGGAACUUGCAGCUGCUGCUCAGCCCUUCCGGAGACUAGAGGCUUCCCAGGAUCAGCUUCGGCAGCUCUUCAAGGAUAACCCCUUUAAGCUUAACCUGAUCGAGGAGAAAGUGACAGGUCCAACGGCAACAGUAUAUGGGUGUGGUAUGUUGGUUGAUCUGUGCAGAGGCCCCCACCUUCGGCAUACUGGACAGAUUGGAGGCCUGAAGCUGCUAUCGAACUCAUCAUCCUUAUGGAGGUUUUCCGGCACCCCAGAGACACUGCAGAGAGUGUCAGGGAUUUCCUUCCCCACUGCAGAGGAGCUGAGGGCCUGGGAAGAGUGGAGGGAGGAAGCAGAGUUACGGGACCACCGGCGCAUUGGGAAGGAACAGGAGCUCUUCUUCUUCCAUGAACUGAGCCCCGGGAGCUGCUUCUUCCUGCCUCGAGGGACAAGGGUGUAUAAUGUACUCGUGGCUUUUAUCAGGGCCGAGUACACCCGCCGUGGUUUCUCAGAAGUGAAAACCCCCACGCUGUUUUCUACGAAACUCUGGGAACUGUCAGGGCACUGGGAGCAUUACCGGGAAGACAUGUUUGCCCUGCAGCCCCCAGGCUCUGACAGCCAUGCCGGCUCCCAGAGUGACCACUCUACCAGCCAUCCCACAGGCACGCUUGCCCUCAAGCCCAUGAACUGCCCUGCGCACUGCCUGAUGUUCGCCCACCGGCCCAGAUCCUGGCGAGAGCUGCCCCUGCGACUGGCCGACUUCGGAGCCUUGCACCGGGCCGAGGCCUCUGGCAGUCUGGGGGGACUGACCCGGCUACGGCGCUUCCAGCAAGAUGACGCUCACAUCUUCUGUGCACCUGAUCAGCUGGAAGCAGAGAUCCGAGGCUGUCUUGAUUUCCUCCGCUCUGUCUACACUGUCCUUGGGUUCUCCUUCCGCUUGGCACUGUCUACCCGGCCAUCUGGCUUCCUGGGAGAGCCUUGCCUUUGGGACCAGGCUGAGCAGGUCCUUCAACAGGCCCUAGAAGAAUUUGGAGAACCCUGGGACCUCAACCCUGGAGAUGGUGCCUUCUAUGGGCCUAAGAUUGACGUGCACCUCCGCGAUGCCCUGGGUCGGCCCCAUCAGUGUGGGACAAUCCAGCUUGACUUCCAGCUGCCCCUGAGAUUUGACCUCCAGUACAAGGGGGCUGAAGAUUCUUGGAAACUGGAAGGUGAUCUUGGGUGCACAUUGUGUGACACUUUUCCAUUCCAUCCAUUCCCCCCCCCUUUCCCUCCAAGGCAGGCGGGGGCCCUGGAGCGUCCAGUCCUCAUUCAUCGAGCAGUGCUAGGUUCUGUGGAAAGGAUGUUGGGAGUGCUGGCGGAAAGCUGCGGGGGAAAAUGGCCACUAUGGCUGUCACCAUUCCAGGUGGUGGUCAUACCUGUGGGGACUGAGCAAGAGGAAUAUGCCAGGGAGGCACAGCGGAGCCUGCAAGCUGCAGGACUGGUUGGCGACCUGGAUGCUGACUCCGGACUGACCCUCGGCCGGAGGAUCCGCCGGGCUCAGCUUGCCCACUACAAUUUUCAGUUCGUGGUUGGCCAGAAAGAGCAGAGUAAGAGAACAGUGAACAUUCGGACUCGAGAUAAUCGUCGACUUGGGGAAUGGGACUUGGCCGAGGCUGUACAGCGGCUACUGGAGCUACAGAACACCAGGGUCCCAAAUGCUGAAGAAAUUUUCUGAGCUUUUGUGUAUAGAUGUGGCAAAGACCUGUAGGAGCUAUCAGGCCCCCUUAACACGGAGGGGCCCAACCUAACUGCCAAGAGUCUGAAGUCCCCCAGACCCCUCAGAACUCGUGUGGAGGCAUGAAUCUGCUCUCAUGAAAAGAGAUUUGGUCUGGGGGAAGCUGUAGCUGUUUGGAUGUGAGGAGAGUGAAACUAAAAAUAAUAAACUUGAAGCUACUGGGAA